AUGAUGUGCGACACCCCGCGACUGCGGAUCGAGGACCUGUCUCAGCGGUUGGCCGCGGCUCAAAAUUCUGAUCGACAGCGGAGCUCUACAAACCCAAAUGCAACUGUCUCUCCCUGCUCUCAGCCCACGGACGGCGUUUCAGCUGGGACAAUCUAUCAACUCAUGCCUGCGGACGCUCGACUCGUCCAACACGCUUCCGUGAACCUGCAACCUGCUCCUCAACGGCCCCUAGCUACAUACGGAUAUGGUGUACUAUACCCACCAACGCAAGGCUAUGCCCAAGCAACAAGCCACCAGACUGGUUGGUCUUACCACACUGUGCCGAGCACGCAUACCAUGCCCACCUUUCAUACUGCUACGCCAACCCAUGGCACGCCCGCCGUCCACAUCCCUUGCAACACUGCAUACACUGGGUACAACUCCAUGCGGCUGCCUGAACAGAAUCACAGCUUCAUCAUGCCAUACACGGUUCAAACACCUUCAUCACGUGCACAUUCAGUGAGUACUCCAACAACGAUGAUGCGAGCGAUUAGUAACCAAACGCAGGGCGGUGUGGCAUAUAUGCUGAUGUCAAACAUCUCAAAAACUGCAGCUGCAUCGCCUGCAUCAUCUCCCAACGUUAUUACUCCUGGAAGACCCGCAACAUCGCCCAUCAAGAUGGUCUGCAUCCGAGGAAAGUGGUAUAAGGAGACCUUGGAAGGGAAAUUGGUACCGGCUGACAAGAAACAAAGGCCACAGGACCUCCAGGAUCGAGCUGAAUCGAGUACCCCUAUACCUGACUCGCGGCAACCAAUAAGACCUAAGCCGAUGUACGCAUCUGGACGCCUAGACCGCGGGGGUCCACUGACGACUGUUGGGUUGGAGGCAGCGGUGAAGGCAUGGAUGGCAGGGUUCCCCGAAAGAGGAUAUCCAAAGCAGGGAGGUGCAGAUUCUCAACAGGCCUGGAGACCUGCCACGCCGACAUCAGGUUUAGUUGAUCUGAAUACGGAAGGGGACAUUGACUUGAACUGGAAGACAGACACUGCCGGUUUUGACGAAUACCAACCUGAAGGGCCGACAAGGGGCACGGAAACACCUGUAAUGGCAAAACCACAUGGACAGCGGCACUAUAACAUCCGGUUUGACCCAGAAGGCGGCGAGUCCAAUCACGACGGCAUUAAGACCGAGGACCAAGAGGAGAAUGGCCCAAGGCUCAAUUCGUGGAUCACUAAUCCGCCGAAAACCUCGAACGACGGACCUGAUUUUGAGAAGCGGAAAGGAGGAGCUCUACGGAAGAAAUUGCGCGGAAGAGGAUCGAAAGAUAGAAAAUCGCCUGACUGUGACGAUGGAGUGGAGAACCUGAACGACCUUCAGCCUGACUGGGAUGACGUGCAAGGGCCUUUACAGCGACUUCAUUCUGAGCGGAGCGGCUCAGAAGACUCUUUCAAAACUGCGGAAGAGGGUAGACCGGCCGCAGAGAUGAGGGUUAAGGCUCAAGAGGGCAUGGUAAAGCCUGAGGCUGGAGGACUGAGGCUAGCUCACGGUGACCGAGACUGGUCACAGGGAGAAUGA